UAGGACAAUGGCAACAUCUUUUCUUGAACACAAUCUUCAUCUGAUAACGGGAUUGAUACCGUUUACGCAGAGAUUGCCGGAGGAAAAAACCAACAAAGUUAUUCAGCAGAGUAAUUAUUUAAAGAAUUUCUUGCUGAAAAUCCAGAAUAACGGAUUGAAUGCGGCCUAUUUGGAAUACGGCGACUGUCCAUCUGGCCCAUCUCCUCCAACAAUGGGCGCAUCCCAGAAAUAUGUUCCACCAAAGGAUGUGGAAUAUGACGUCAUCAUUGUUGGAGCUGGUAUGGCUGGUCUUGCCGCAGCGUAUGAGUUGAAGAGAGCUGGGCUAAAAGUGAAAAUCCUGGAGCAGACUGAUCGUUAUGGUGGAAGAGUUUUCACUUAUGGGGAAGAUGCAGGCCUUGCACCUGGUCUAUAUGGCGAAGCCGGAGCGAUGAGAUUACCUGGUGGUGUGGAUGAACCAAACAAUAGAGCGCAUUUUCUAACGGAUGGAUAUAUCACUAAAUUUCAACUACCCAUCAAAAAGUUUCCAAAUGUUGAUAAAAAAGUCAUUUCCAAUAUUUACGGAUUCAAGGAAUUAACGUCGACCUGGAAAGAAAAGCAUUUCGACACCAUGUGGCCAAAAUGGAGGGAAAAAAUUAAUACAGGAAGCGUCGAUGUUAAAGAUAUUGACGAUUAUUACACCAAAACAACCGGCGUUGUCACGGAUCAAUUGAUUGCCUGGUUGAAUGAAACAACCACGCCUGAGGAGGAAAUCGUUGUUUGGCGUCGCUGGAUUGACAUUUGGAGCCAAUUUACGUUGAGAAGCUUUCUGCAGAGCAAUGUUAAUGUUAUUAUGGCAAAAUUGAACCCCAUAGACCAACCAAUGAAUCUUAAAUCAUUACACCUUGACAAGCUUGCAAACCUUUUGCCGUGGUCCGACGAUGCAAUUCGUGGCUACUCGGUGUAUUCUUACACAGAGCAACUGGAUCAAUCUUUGGUUCAGUACCUCCGUGAUGAUCUGGGAAACUGGUGGUCAACUGAUAUGCACACCUUGGUUGGUGGUAUGCACAGCUUACCUGAAGCAUUCUUCAGUCACAACCGAACGACGCCAUUGGUUUCUGAUGAUUUAAGUUAUAACCAACAAGUUUGCAAGAUAGAGUAUAAUAAUUCCUCGACUUCUGACCCUUCCAAGGAUUAUGUCAUAGUAACCUGCUACAAGACUGAAAAUGAAUCAGAAGAAUGUAAAUACAAAGCACGGGAUGUAAUCGUUACCCCUCAAGUCAACAUAUUGCGACAAAUUACGUUUGAGCCAAAUAAUAAGCCAACCAAGGGAGGCGAGGAGCCGGCCCUCAGAAGAAGUCAUCAAGCCAUGGAAGACAUGUUCACAGGACCUUCCACAAAGAUUAUCCUGCAAACCAAGACCAGAUUCUGGGAAGAGGAGAAGUACGGAAUUAAAGGUGGCUUUUCUAAGACCAACCUACCCAUCGGUCAAAUACAUUACGUAAAGCCGGAUCCAGAAUAUCUCGCGUCCACCAAGCAAGGAAUAAUUCUGAUUUACACCUGGAAAAAUGAAGCCCUGCUUUUUGGUUCCCUGACCAAAGAGCAGGCAGAGAAAGAGGCCAUUAAACAAGUAGGAGAAAUUCACCCUGAGAUCAAAGAAGAAGGAGCAGUUGAAAAAUGUAUUGUCCAUGCUUGGUACAACCAACCCUCUUAUCAAGGUGCCUAUAGCCUCUUGAAACCCGGUCAAUACCACCAUAUGAGGCAUUUGUGGGAACCAAUGGGAAAUGUGCAUUUUGCUGGCGAAAACAUAUCAUUUACGACUGGCUGGAUUCAAGGAGCUUUGGAAAGUGGCUUGAAAUCAGCGUAUCAAGUUUACGCACAUCACAUGAAGGGAGUGAAGUUAGGAAAAAGGGGGAAAAAGAGAAAAAAUAACAGGGUAUAAAGAUUCAGUAUUCGUGUAACUCAUGUUAAUUAAUGUUGAUUAACAUUUAACAAUAUUGAUUUCUUAAUUAAGUAAAAUCUAGGAUAAUUAAUCUUAAUUAGCGUAAA